AUGACGUUCAUCUUGAUUGCACUUACCGUCGUCGGUUGCUUGGAUGCUGUGCGCGUGCCAACAGCAUGGACCAAUUUCAAUGAAAACGCGCAAACCGUCGAUUCCAAUUACAAUAGGUGGCAACACAAUAACCCGAAGAGGUACAACAAUCCCCAGGUGCCUUACUUUCCAGCAGCAGAUGGCCAAGAAUAUAGGUAUCGCGGUCCGAGUAAAGUGUAUAAGCCGCAGCAAACGCAAACCAAGUACAGGAUCUCCAAGUACGUGAAACCGGAACCGGAUUCUUUUCCUAUAGCCACGAAACCUAUUUAUCCGGGCGAAGGUCUUUGGGCGAAGCAGGGUUUAACGCAUCGCCCGUACAUUCCGACAGCAACAACCACGCAAUACCCAGAAACCAAAGACGAAAAGCGACAAGGUUACGAGAUCUUCCAGAAGGGUCAACAGUUGUUCAAUAAGAAUUCGGAAAAAUACAACACUUUACCGAAUAAUAACCAGAAACAACAAGAUGAUUACGACGUUGAUGAAGAUGAUGAUGAUGAUGAUCAAGAGGAUGAGUUUAUCCCGACUCGCACGUAUUCGCAAGUGAGGAAGUACGAAAACGAAAGACAUUUACCUGCAAGCGUUCUUGAGCCUAGGUUAAGAGAAUUAGUUACCAACAAGAAGAUCCACACUGUUUACACUGAGGAAGGUUACGAGGAUGGAGCUUACGACCAUGCCGGUCACGAAAAGGAAGCCGAAGAAUCUGAAGGUUAUGAAGAACCGGAAGCGGAGAGCAGCGAAAUUUCGACGCGGAUUAAAUUGAACCCGAAGAAAUCGCAGAUGGUCAAAUUCGCGCAGUUGGGUGAAAUGAAGGAGCAGUCGCAUAUCGAUACGGAAACGGCCAGUUCCAUCAGGAAGGAUAUCGAGAGACACUUCAAAAGGCCUAAACGUUUUAUAGAGAAUGACAAGUAUCCGUAUUAUAAAGCGAAUAAUCUUCCGAGCGAUUCUUCGUUGCGUUACGCGCAAGAUUUGAAGAGCAACCCGGUGAAAGUCGAAGGGAAAAUGUCGUUUUACGAGCAGAAGAAUGGGGUUGAAUGCAAGGAGAUUGAGAAUGUGGUGAAUCCGGUUCCUGAAGAUGGACAAAAGGGUGAUUUGAAACUGCCGAGAUUGCCUAGUUUAGAUGAGAAAAUUGAUUGUUUUAAGCGGAAAUUCUUCGGUUCGGAUCCUCUCGACAGUCCGAUUUUCAGCGAGGAAACUGUCGGCGAUUUGAAUCCCGUUUUUAAAGAACUCGCUGCAGAUAAAGCAACUGUUCGAAAUGAAGAGAGCAGUGAGAAAACUUUGAGACAAGCUAAAGCUAUGGAUAUAAACUUCGAUACGCAAAAUAGUACGGAUUAUGAGUACGAUUACGAGGAGGUGGAUGAGAGUGUUAAUCCUGCAGCGGAUGGAGAGCCUCAAGCCCAAGCCCUUAAAUUAAUGAGGAGACGACGCAGAAGGAGGAGGCCUCAGAAUUAUAAAUAUAGAUACGUUCCGAAUAGGAGGUUAAUGAGGCCCAAGUACGAUAAAACCCCUGUCUUCAGCGAGGUCCACUACAAGGACGAGAUUAAGCCGAGCGAACAGCUCGACGUUUUCGCCGACAUCAUCAACAACAUAAGGAAUUCCAGUCGCGGUUCAAUGAACAUCAUCUCGAGAGCCACGACCGCGCGAACCGUGAAUCUGAGGCGGAAGAACGAGGAAAUUUACAAUGGAUACGUGAAAAAUAUGAAGAAGCACCAGAGAGUCGACGAUCCCAAUACGGAUUCGCAUUAUCAGCCGAGCAAAUACACGCGAAGAUACAAAAAGAAGCCGAAAGAUUCGGCGGCAUCGCAAUCGGCUGAUACUCCUGUAUUCUACGAAGAGGUGGUGGAAUCAUCGACGGUGCUUCCUGAAAAGAAGGUUUCCGGUUACACGACCAUCGAUAUUCCGCUCAACAAAUAUCUCGUGCCAGGGAUGAAACCGCCGCUGGAGAGCGAGAAACCUUACAUCUAUUCGGAUUACAAGUUGUUGCAGACUAAUUUGGUGCGGCGGAGCGGAACUUUUGCGAAUCAUCGUCUCAAGAGGAGUCCGGGUAGAUUGUCUUAUUCGCAGAUCAGGAGGCCGCAGGUUCAAACCACCGAAAAAGAAGAAGCUGCCGAACAAGAAGACGAUGAUGAAGAUGAUGAUUACGUUCCGCACAGACCGACUAGUUUCCAUUACGAUCCCGAAACCGAUCAAAUUAUCUACGAUAAAAAAGAGACGACGACGGAACUGUUACCUGAUGUUGAGUACGAAGAAAUCCUAGAGGAAGAAGAAGUCACGGAGAAGCCGAAAGCAACGACGACUCACAGGACUGUUUACCAUAAAGAUGUUCUGGAUAAAGCCAAUGGUUUAACGCUCGUCGAUUUCUUGACGCAACUGAAGACAAAUCCGGCUUACGUGUACAUCCCUGAUCCUGAAAAGACUACCACCACUUCGACGACGACGCUGAAGCCGGAAAGCACGACGCCUCCGGAGUUUCUAAAGUUCUUAGAGAAACUGCACAGCAGCGAUGGGUAUGUAAAGAUCGAGGAUGAAGAUGAGAAGAAAAAGAAGAAAGCUACAACUACUACGGAGGCUCCGGUUGAAGAAGAGGAGGAUGAAGAAGAUGAGGAUGAAGAACCGGCGCGGAUCGUUCAGAACGCUCCUGGCGGGCAAUUCAACACGGGUGGUCAAUUGCAAAUAUUCGACAUCAGCGAAUAUCUACCAAAGACGAAGAGUUACACACCUAGAACUACCAUAGAUUAUUCCAAAUACAAAACUAUAGAGCGAUCUCAUUCGAGGCAUAACUUAAGCAGCAGAUACAACGAGGACGAAGAUGAUUUACCUUUGAAUAGUAAAGAAGUUGAGGAGGAUAAUACCACUACAUCUACCACCACGACUACAACAACAACAACCACAACAACUACAACUCAAGCACCUGUAACAGCAAAACUUAGAGGACGAAAACGAGCUUCCAGAAGACCAACAACAACCACUUCAGAAUCUCCACGAACCGAAGAAGUAACCGAAAGCAAUUACACUCCAGCCACCCAUCGUCCAGCCUCAAGAGUGUACCCAAGACGCCAGAGACCUAAGAUCAGGUUGAGGACAACGACUCCCUCGAUAGACGAAGAAGACGCCAGCUCUGAGAUUCAUCGAACCCAACGUCGUCUACAUGAAAUUUCCACUAAAAUCCCACCCAACCACAAAUCCAUAUACACGCCAAUCGUCGCCAAAGAACGGAAGCUUUCCUCCAACAUGACAGCGAUGCUGAAGAGGCCCCGACUGAUUACGCCGGACAUCCUAAAUUACAAUCGAACCAAUCUGAGGACGGCUGCGGAUAAGCCGGGUGAAAUCAAUCCGCGGAAACUCGAAGUGGAAACUUUCAAAGAGUUCGACACGACGAUGCAGCACGGUGGGAAUUACAUUCCUGAGAACAGCGGACCGACGAAAAUCAAUCUGUUCAAAGAGAGCGAAGAGAUCGUCGAGAGGAAAGAAAAUACCGGCGAUUACCAAUUCGACGACGAAGUGAAAAUAUUCUUCAAAGGAAAGGAUGGAAAGAUGAAGACCAUCAUUAAGGAUCCUAGCAAAAGGCUAUACUUUUAUGCACCUGUUAAAUAA